AUGCUCGGCGGACAGACCAAAGAUCGAGUCGAAAUGUCAGGCGGUCUACGUGGAGAAGGUAUGGACUAUAGAAAGCGGCCGAAGGCGUUCCAGGUUGAGGGUUGUGCCACGUCCAGAUUUCGGAAUAGUACUAAUACCCCAACCGGCGAGUCGGGCCAAGAGACCAUCGAUUGUUACAUAUAUCCAGAAUGUGCUCAAAACAACGAGUUUUCCAAGCGCUGCAUAGAAAAUCAAGCAGAAUGCGAUAAGGAAGCAGUAACGGAGACAGUGGAGCUGGUGCUUUACAAGCUGUACUUCAUGGCUGGGGAAAGCCUCAGCGUUGGGACUGCCAUGGUGACACGUAUGCAGGCUUCAUCGCUGUUUGGGGACUUUGACAUGUUUGGUUGGGCGGAGACACCAGAGGAAGAGAAAGAUCGUGAGAUUCAGAGGCUUGAGGCGUCGAUGGAAUCAACUCGGCAAAAAUUACGGGAGACGCGCGUCCGCGAUGAACAAACAUCUCUGAGCGGGCAGUUCACAGCAGUCUUGCCACCCCCACCGCUGCGUGACGACGAGUCAAGGGUUGGUCUGAUUCGACAGUGUCUUCCAUGGUCACCUGAGUCGGCUACUAGGGAUACUUACAGCCAACGAGAGGGUGAGACAGCAGUGCUUCUUUCUGAUAUGCCUGUAGCUCUGCUUGCCUUUGGGCGCUGUCCACACUCCUAUGACUAUACCCGCCUUCAUCCUGGUUUGCGGCUCGUGGUAUUGCCGGUGAUGGAGGAGGAAAUGGUCCCGGUUCCAGUUCGAUGA